AUGGACUUCCAGCUACUGGUUUCGUUGCUUUUAAUAUCAUCGUUUUAUUGGCAAUAUGGAGAUAGCGAUUCUGAUUUUCUAAGCGUACGAGAUUUUCUAUCAGAUUCUGGCAAUAGGAACGCUGAUCAAUCUCAAGCAUUUCAAGACGCAUGGAAAGCGUUAUGUGCAGGAAGGUCAAAAUCUCUAGUAAUUAAGGCCAACGAAGUUUAUACCUUACUACCACAAGUGUUUCAAGGCCCUUGUAAAGCUAGAAAUCCUCAUAUUCAGAUCGAUGGAAGAAUUGAAGCGCCAAAGCUGGUUAAGGAAUGGGGAAAGAGUGAGUAUUGGUUAUCUUUCGAUAAGGUGUCAGACCUCACUAUCACUGGAUCUGGUCUCCUUCAUCCCCAUGGGGAAAGUUGGUGGGGUCCUGUUAAUUUGGACUCCCGACCACAGGCACUGAGGUUUAAUGGAUGUAACAACCUUAUAUAUAAUGGACUAACUCAAAGAGAUAGUCCAAAGAAUCACAUUUCAAUCAGAAGUUGCAUCCAAGCAACUUUAUCAAAUCUUCAUAUCAUAGCACCUGCAAACAGUCCAAAUACAGAUGGCAUUGAUAUCUCUCUUUCACAAAAAAUCAAUAUCUUCAGCUCGACAAUCCAAACCGGUGACGAUUGUAUUGCGAUUAAAAGUGGUUCGUCCGAUAUCAACAUAACUCGUGUGAACUGUGGUCCAGGCCAUGGCAUAAGUAUAGGAAGUUUGGGGGAAAAAGGAGUCACUGGCUCGGUAGAGAACGUACGUGUACAACACUGCACCUUCACUGGAGCUGAUAAUGCCGCAAGAAUCAAGACUUGGCCAGGAGGAGGAGGAUAUGCAAAAAAUAUUUUGUACGAAGAUAUUACGCUGAUAAAUACCAAAUUCCCCAUCGUCAUCGAUCAGCAAUACCCCCAUGAUCGUUCUUUUAAAUCUACAAAGGGAAGUGCUGUGAAAGUGAGCGAUGUAACUUUUAAAUACUUCAGAGGGACAUGUGCGCAACCCAUUGCAAUAAAAUUUAACUGUGAUAGAAUAGGUUGUGGUAACAUCGCGGUGGAACACGUCAACAUCACUUCUUCAUCUCGAGGAACAAAACCCAGAGCGUACUGCCGUUACGCAGAAGUGAAGAGCAGCUUUGUCAACAUUGAUAUCAAUUGUGAUCCAGAUCUUCAAGCUCCAUCACCGAGUCCUGAACUUCCAUCACCGAUUCCUGAACCUCCAUCACCGAGUCCUGAUCAACCUCCUCAACCUCAACCUUCUGCAUUGCAUGCUCAACCUCGGUCGUUCUUCUCUUUUCUAUAUUUUAAUUAA